AUGCCUCCGUCAAAGGUUUCUGCUCUUCCUCGCUAUUCUCCCCCAACAAAAGGGUUCCUCUCAUAUGUGCCAUCAUCAUGGGUCCCUUACGUUGAACUUACCCGUUUCGAGAAACCACAUGGUAUCUACAUGAUCUUGUACCCUUAUAUCAUGGGUCUGUUAUAUGCUGCUAAAAUCGCGCCGGCUCCGAUAUCUCUUUCAUUCUUCAUUUCUCGUGCCAUUACUCUUACGAUAUGGACUGUUUUCCUCCGAAGCGCCGGUUGUGCUUGGAACGACAACGUCGACCAAGAUUACGAUAGGAAAACAGCCCGGUGCUGCAACAGGCCAAUCGCGCGCGGCGCAAUUUCGACUCUUCAAGGCUAUGUGUUUACCACUGUGUUGGUGUUGUUUGGCUACCUGUCUCUCCAAGACCUUCCCAUUGAAUGCAAGAUGGAUGCCACUGUCACUCUUGCUCUGGCAUGCAUCUACCCAUUUGGAAAACGCUUCACACAUUUCGCUCAAGUUCCUCUCGGGGCAACUUUGUCGAUGGCUAUUAUCUCAGCACAGCAUUCCGUUGGCGUCGACCCUUUCUCGCAGGAGAACAUUGUACCAACGGCUUGCCUGGUCAGCUCCAUUAUAAUGCUUGUCAUGUUCUAUGACGUUGUUUACGCGCGCCAGGACACUGCUGAUGAUUUGAAGUCUGGCGUCAAAGGUAUGGCUGUUCUCUUCCGCAACUGGAUCAAGACAUUGCUUGUAUCUCUGAUUGCUGGAAUUACGGCGCUUCUCUACACUGCAGGACAUGCUGUCGGAAUGAGCGCACUCUUCUUCCAGCUGUCCGUUGCUGGUCCUGCCGUUAGCCUUCUUUUGAUGGUUACCCUCAUGUCCAUCAACUCCAAGAAGUAUGCAUGGUAUGCAGGCAAGUCCUACGUUUUGGCCAUUGCUUGCUUGCUUAGUGGAUUCUCUGUGGAGUAUUACAAGACAAUUGUGUAG